AAGAUGUAAUGGAUUAGAUAGCCUUUAUAUUAUCUUCUUUGCUUAUACACAAAAUAUAGCGUAUUUUGAAGAACCUUCGAAUGCUUUAACGAGACUACAAACUUGCAAAAUCAUUCAUGAUUUACAGGGAAGUACUAUAAUUACGGAACUAGUUACCUUGGUUGAAAAUUUUAACGUGAUAACAAAAUAUGCUCAUAAUAUAAAAUAUUUAGAAAGAAGGUCAAAGUCAAUAGUUGAGAUCACUCUCCUUUAUUUGUCUCACACAUUUUCACGAAAAGUUAGCGGAACUUUUAAAUUCUUGUCCAAAUUUAGAAAUCCUAAGAUUCUUAGAACCUGA